AUGGCUCCUUUGCUAUCACUCUACUUAUUUGGAAAGGUGACCCUGAUUGGUGGGAAACAGCAGUCGCAAGGUGAGGGGCACAUCCCAACAAGAAGUUGUUUGGGCAGCGUCUUGAAGCGACCAUUGCUUUCAACAUUGCGUGGGUGGCUAAAGGUUCCACAGAAAUCAAGGAAAUUGAAGCAUCUCAGAGCCAUCAGUCCGCAUGACGUCCGUGAACACAGACUUCGUGCGGUUCAAACGACUCUGAGUACCUCCGAUGCCUCAACUUCUUGUGUUUGUGGCGACAGCUGUACAAGUUGA